AUGCUUCGUCCCAUUCUAAUAGCUGGCGAAGAUUUCAUAGAGGUAGCCAAAGCUUGCAGUCAGAUCAUCACUAGUCGUCGACGGCGUCUCCUAUUUGGUCCAUCCACAAUCACUUCUCAAGAUCGCAGAGCCUACCGGCCUCGAACCGAUACUGUUGUCCUCCUUCCGAUUGGCGACUCAAUAUCCUCAGUAAACGAUGCCUUGCGGCUCAUCAAUCGCUUUGCCGAUAUUGACGAUAUCUACUCUCCGCCAUUCGCCCGUGCCGCUGUUAUUCGGUCCAGUACUGAAAGAGGUUUCGUAGAGGUGCUCAAAAAGUUUGAAGCUUCGGGCCACUUCUCCGCCGUCUAUCAUGCGUCCCCAGGCUCCUCACAGGGCUAUCUUCCUCCAGGUCCAUACUUCCUCUGCCGUGAUGGAAUUCACCAAGCAUAUCGCCUAUAUGAGGACACUCUGGACAGUUUUCUUUUUGGAGUCAUCCCAGAUGAUGUCUUGAACCUCAAAAGGUAUAUCCCUCUCAAUCUGCUCAGCCGAAAUAGACUGUGGAAGAGCAUCGCCGUCCCAAGUCGUCUCUACUCUGUUAGAACCCCCACAACUCCUCUUGCUGGUGCGCGUAUGGGCAUCAAAGAUAUCUUCCGCCUUGAAGGUACUCAGACGACCAUGAUGAGCAGGCCGUGGAUUGAGCUUUAUGGACCGAAUGAGCAGAGCGCCGACUACACCAAGAAACUCAUAAAGUUGGGCGCGGUGAUCGUGGGCAAAACCAAGAUGACUUCUUUCGCAUCCCCCGAAGAACCAACAGACCAGUGGAGUGCCUUCUGGUCAUUGUGCUAUGACUACUACCACGGAUUCGACAGCUUCCGUGAUGAAUAUAGCGCCAAGUUCGGCAAGAAACCUUUCGUCAGCUCAGUCGUGCGAUUCCGAUGGGAUGUUGGAAAAGAUGUCACCUUCCAGAAGUACGCGACAUACAUGAAGAAACUAGAGGUUUUCAGAAACUGGUUCACUGAGAACGUCAUGGGUCCUGAUUCAAAGGCACUUUCUGACGCCAUACUCAUGAUGCCCUACGGAGAACCUCAUCCAGAGUAUCGUGAUGAGGCAAACCCAUCAGCUGGGAUCUUCCCUACAAUCGCAGAGAAGUUCAUCUCGCCUAUCCUGCAUGCUCCUCAACUCGUACUACCAUUUGCUCAGAUGCCGUACCUGUCAAAGGUCAGUGGAAGACUCGAGAUGCGGCCCAUUGCUAGCACUAUGAUAGGAGCUAAAGGAAGUGAUCUGAUGCUCAUCAAACUUGACACUGAGGCGUUCAAAAAGGCUGGGUGGCCUAGAAGCAUCCAGACGGGUCGCUAUAUGUAUCCUGUUGCUGAUAAUGCGAGGAAUGUUGGUUCAGUGUCUGGUGAGAGUCUUGCGGCGUAUGAGACGAGACAAAGAGCUGUCCAGGAGCUGCAGAGCGAGUUCGGAAACAAGAGUAGUGAUUUUGUUUGCAAUGCCAUGUAA